CUGUAGCCUAGAGAGGUGACUGGCAGUGACACACAAUCAGUUAUUUACGUCGGUCAGAGAAUGCACAGUCACGACACGUUCCGGCUCCGAUAGCAGUUAAAUGUUAUGCAAGAGAUGCGCAAUUACUCCAGAAGACAGUUAUUGCUUAGACAACGUGUAGUAGUCUGUUCAACGUUUAUUGAGAAACGAUAUGGAUCACCAGCGGAAAGUGACUUAUGGCUUCAGCCAUGAGGUCAACAUCAACGUCCGUCUCACUGUCGGUAUUCUGGAGGGAUUGAACGCCGAGGCUGGCUAUAAAAUGCUACUGGACGAUCCCUAUCGUAGGUAUCAGCACAUGCAUCAGAGUGAUAAUGUGGACUUCUGCGUAACCUGCCGGGUAGUCUCGGGCGAACAGAGCCUAUGUGCACCGGUCCGAACGGCGCGCCGAAUUCUCUUUAAAGAUUGGAGGUAGGUAGA